AUGGCGGAUUUUGUCCGAAAAUGCGGACAAACUGUCAGCACUGUGUUUUGGACCACUAUCUAUUUUUUCUAUUUUCUUUUCAAGUGAGUUCACUUUUUUUUAUUUGAAAACAUGUAUGUCAAAAAUAGGUUUAAUUAAAAAGAAAACUAGGUUUUCAUGCGAUAAAAAUAGCAAGAAAAAAUAGAAAAAUUUGGAAGGGGGGAACUCAACCUUUUUUCUCCCCGCAAAAAAAUUAGAUUUAUUUACAUGUGGUGUCAGAGUUGUUUCAAGAUUGAUUGGCUAACCAAAAAAAAAGAAAGGAAGAAAAAUAGGCAAAAAAAGAAUCGAAAUUUGUCACGAAAGAAUACAAAUAACUAUUUUUCGCGGAGAGGAGCCAAAUGAAAAAUAAAAAAUAAUAUAAAAAAUCCAAUUAGAAGAUACAAAUCUUUGAGAAAAAAUAGGUAAUCCCUUCUUUUAAAGCGGCUCUCGACUCGGCUCAGUUAUUAUAUUAUAUCAAACAAAAAAUGAUGAAUUUUUGAUCAAAACAAGCGGAGACUAGAAAACCUGGGGAAAAAGAAAAGAAAAAAAAAUAAUUUUUUGGUACAGUAGAUUGAAGGCACAUGCAAAAAAAUUGUGUGUCGCGACGAGACACACGUUUUGUUUGCACGCUCCUUUGAAAUACUGUAUUUUUUGUCAUUAUUUUUUUUUUCGAAAACCGAUUUUCAGAGGGAAAUGUUAGAUUUUGAGGUGAGAAUAGGGGAUUUUGAGUUGAAAAAUUGAAAAUUUUAAGGGAAAUCUUGAGUUUUAGCAAAAAUUCGAGAGAUUUUUGCUGAAAAACAAUAUUUACGCAAGAUUUUAAGAACUGAACUCAUUUUCUUGUAAAAAUCCAUCAAAAUCUCUCAAUUUUUGCAGAGGAAAACAAGAAUGGAAAUGCGAAAAUCAGCCAGAACCCGUCGCCAAAACCUAUUGCUGUGUGGAUGGUGAAAACGGUGUUCGUCAUCGCCACCAGCCACCAAAUCCACCACCCAAACCAACAACAACAAUUCCGAACGCAAAACCCCAAUCAUUCUAUUUGUCGCACUCCGGAAUUCGCGGAUUUUUGCGAUCAACUUGGGAAAAAAUCAAGAAAACUGCGAGAUCUGGAUGGGAAGUUUUGAAGAGUUCAAAAUCGAAGAUUGUGAAAGUUUUGAAAAACACAGCGAUUUUUAUUUGGCAAGGAAUUCGAUGGAUUUUUGGGUUGAUUGGUGCAUUUUUGUUUAGUGGAAAUGUUCCAUCACAAACUUUGCCAUCUACACCAAAACCGUAUACUUCGAAACCUUCGUCGCCCACUUAUAAUAAGGUAAAUUAAACACAUUACAUUAAAUUUAAAUUUAGUAGAAAGAGAAAAAGAGUACAGGCGAAAAAAAAGGCUGCAGAAAUUUGAAAAUCCUCAAAAUUUCCUCUCGCAUACACAUUAUCAUUAGAGCGCAUAUUCUCUACUCCCCUAUAUUUUUUGCGGGAGGGAGAAGAAGAACAAAAAGUUUUAUUUUUCUCGCCGUGACUCCACUUCCUCCUGUCAAACCCACUCAUGUUUCAUCUGAACUAGACUCUAGUUUAGGUUAGUGUUGAGGAGAAUUCCUUCUCAACCCCUUCAAACUAGACUCUAGUUUCACCCAUUCCAUUUUCUAGGUCGCUUUCGAAUUCGAUGAAAACGAAUUGCGCGCCGUCACCAAACAACAAGAAAUCGAUAAUGAUCAAGAAGAGCCGACGAUUUACGAAGAUGUGCCAAGAGUUGCACCAAUUCCACCACCAAAAAGCCCAAAGAGCCCAGGAGGACCAGCCAGCUCAUCUUUCUAUUCGGAAAGGGUUUAUGAAAAAGAGGCGCCAGUUAGGUAAGAGAAAAACAAAUUGAAAAAUACUGCCUCGUGGCAAAUUUGGCGGGAAAAAAUACAUUUAAAAUUUUGAAACAAAAAGGGGAAAAGUACGAUAGAGCGCACUUGCUUUAUUUAAAAACAUCUUCAACAUAAUAACGCCACGUGGAUUUUUGCAGAGCCAAAUCAAUUCCACCGCCUGCUCCGCCACCACCUCCACCACCAAAACCCAUUUCCCGUGAGCCAAGCCGAGCUCGCUCAACAACUCCUGGAACUCGAGAAAGACGAGAAGUCAAGGGUGGAAUUGGUGGAUUUGGAGCUGAUAUUAUGGAUGAGUUGGAAGGUAGGAAUCCAGUGGUUAUGACGUGGAAAGGUUUUUAGUCAAACCAAGAGAAAAUGGAAUCUAUAGUUAGCCUAACUCAUAAGCUAAACCCAUAAAAAUGUCGUAAAAAAAAGAAAAUCAUGUUUAUGAUUGUUUUUUCUUUGUCAAAAAAUUGCUCAGAGGCUAAAUCGCAGCUGAACGGCAGGGCUGCUCAAAAAGUGCAGGCAGCGCUGCGGCGUGGACGCCACAGCGCUGCCGAUUUGAACAGCAGCAGUGGGCAACAGUUGCCAUGUGUGUGGCAGCGAUGAGCAACAGUUGCCUUGUGUAUGGCAGCUGAAGCCGAUUGCUGCUGAAGAGGCCAGCUGCGAAAUGGCAGCGCUGCUCGGUCAGGAAAUUUUCGGAAAAUCAGCAGCGCUGCGGCGUCCACGGAGCAGCGCUGCCGAUUAGUUGCUGAAUUGAGCUGCGCUGCCUUUCAGCAGCGAAUUUACUCCUGAGAUGCUGGGGCACGAAAAAUGACUAGAAAUAUGUAAACUACAGAAAAUGCGUCAACCUCAGCUACAUUGACGUAUUUUUCAGAACAACAAAGACUCCGUGGCUCGCGAGCGGCUUCCCGUGAAACUCAACGCGAAAUGACACAAAGUUGUCAUCCGGACAUGGCUCAAUGGAAGAAUGAGCAAAUUUUUGGCGAAACCCAGCGAGCUUCUUCGGUUGGACCAUCAAUGAGAAAAUUGGAACAUGUUGUUAGUCGAAUUGAGGGAAAUAAUAAUAAUGAUGAUGAACCGAGUUUUGUUUUUAGGUUGGUUUUUUUGGAGGGUGGGAAAAUCUGACAAAAAUAAAUAGGCUUCAAAAUAAAAAAUUUUCUGAAAAGCAGAAAAAAUUGAAAUUUUCCAAAAUAAAAUUAAUUUUCAACGUGAACUUUAAAAAUUCGAAAUUCGCUUUAUUUCAAAAAACCGUGAGUCCAUUUUUUUCCAAAAAAAUCAUUACAAAAAUGAAUCACCCUCAAAUUCCCUACUAAAAAUCCUCAAAAAUUCCAUUUUACAGACCAAAAAUGACGUAUUCAUCGGAAGAAUAUCAGAACAAACACCGUCAAGAGAAUCAAAAUCAGAAUCAAUAUUUGUUGGGAAAAAGUGUAUUUAGUCCGGUGGAUGAAGUGGAAAGAAUGAGAAAUGAGAUUAAUAGGUUGGUCAUGGUUUUUGGGGCUGAAAAUCGUGAUUUUUACGUUUUCUGGGUUAAAAUUUGGGUCUAGAAACUUGAAAAGUGAAAAAAGAAAUCUUUUUGAUUUCACAUUUUAGCGCGAUUUUUGACCCCGUGGCCUAGAGCCGAGAAUUUGACAAAUCGGCCAUGGCUUCAAAUUACUCAAAAAUCCUCAAUUUUCGGCUUGAAAUCUGUCAUGUGGCUCCUGAAUUCAUGAAUGGUUUUUUGAAAAGGUGGCCGAAGGUUCGUAAAACCUCGGCCAUGACUAUGAUAAUCUUCAAUUUUUCAAUUUUCAAAUUUAACCCAAUUUUUUCCCAUGGCCUAGAAACCCCUCAUAGAAAAGUUUUGGCCACCUCCAAAAAAAUCAAUAUUUUUCGAACUCCCCGAACUCUUCUUCUUCUUCUUCGUUUUUUCCUCCUUCAUUAAUUAAAUCUUCUUUUUUUGCACAAAAAAGUGGACCCCUGUUAGAGAUUGAGAGACGCAGAGAAAACAGGUGUUUUUCGCGAGUGUGGAGGCGUUUUUUUGUGCUCAUUUUCAUUAGCUACUUGUCAAAAAACAUUGUUUUUUUUUGAGCAAAAAGUGAUUUUUGGAGUUUUAAGAUCCGAAAAAUCAGAUUUUUCACUAAUUUCAGGUCCAUAAAGUUCAAAAUUCCUAAUUUUCAGCGCCAAAAAUCACCAGCAAAGCUACAGUAGUCCACAGUAUUCGAGCGGAAAUUGGAUGGAGAAUCAAAGAUCAAGAAAUGUUAACAGGUAUAUUUUCAAAUCGCUUCGGGACCCAAAAAUUUGGAAUUUUAGCCAUGUGGCAUUUUGAUACUGAAAAUUUUGAAUUUUAAAAUCUCUUGCUCUCACUAGGCUUGGUUACUUGAGAGCUAGACUCUCUAGGCGGUGAUCCUUGUCAAUGUGGAUCUAUAGGCUGCGCUACUUGACAACUAGGGUUUCUAGGUGCGGCUACUUGGCAUAGAAACUAUCAAGAAGCGGCUCCUAGACAAGUAUGUUCUCAAGGCUUGGCUACUUUAGAACUAGAAUAUUAUAUAGUAUUGAAAAGAUCUAGCUUUUUUGCCACGUGGAAGUCUUAGCCUAUGAAUUAGGAUUUUCAGAAUUUUAAAGUUCAAAAGUUCAGAGUUUUCGCAAAUUCAAAAACUCAAAAAAAAAGAAGAAAUUAAUCGAAUCCAAAAAAGUGCGAAUUUCUUCUUAUUUGACAUGUCUCCUCCCGUUUUUUUUUUAGAUGAAAAAAGCCAAUUAGAAAAGAAAAAAAAAUAGAAAAAGAAGUGCGUUUGACACACACAAAAAAAUGUGGAAAAAUGAGAUAGAGAGAUUCGAUCCGCUUGAGAACAUUUGAAUAAUACAAUUUGGCGACGAAAGCUCGAAUGACUAAUUUUUGCCACAAAAACAGCACAAAAUUUGAUGAUUUUCAGAGAUUUUUUGAUGAAAAACUGGAUUUUUAUAGCCAAAAUUUGAAAAUUUGUGGAGUUUCACUGAAGGAAUCUCAAUAUUCCUCGUGGCAUUUUUUUACUGAAAGUUCAAAUUUCAAAAAAUUCGAAAUUUUCCAAGAGAAAACAUAAAGUUUUAAACUUUUCUAUAAAAAUUUUACGAUCAGAAAUUUUCCGCGAAAUUGUUUUUUUUGCUCGAAAAAAUGUUUGAAGGUAUUUUGCCACGUGGCAUUUUUGGCUGAGAAUUUAAAUCUUCAAAAAAUUCCACGUGGCAAAUUUUCCACAAUAAAUAAACUCCGAAAAAUCGCAACACCACAAAAAAGGAAGAAAAAUUUUUAAUUAGAGCUUCUCGUUUUUUCUCCAUCUUUUUUUGCUCGAAAUUUCUUCAUGGCCUAUUUUUGUUGUUUUUUUUCGGAGCGCGCGCGGCCUCUUUUUGAGAAAUUUGAUCUACCUUGCUCAAAUUUUCGUUUUCGCAAAAAAAAAACACAGAAAAAUACGAAAAAUUCCGAGGGAAUCUUUGAGCAAAUGGGCCGACACUUGAGAAAAUAAUCGAAUUUCGAGCCGAAAAAAUAAUAUGGAAAAUUUUUUGAGAGCUUUUUUGUGUUGGCAAAAAUCGAAUUAGGAUUUGUCAGUUUUUAUUAUCGAAAUGACACGGUUUUUUGAAGAAAAUUGGAUUUUUCUGAAGCUUUUAGAGAUGAUUUUCAGGCUGAAAAUGCCACGUGGCAAACUGAAAAUCACUUUUUUCCAGAGGUUUUCCUGUAUGAAAUUUUCUCUUAAAAUUACUGUUUCAGAAUUUUUAAAAUCAAAAAAAUCCCAUAUUUUUUCCCGAAAAUUCUAUGUUUCAAAAUAUUUUCAAUAAAAACUGAAGAAUUUUUCCUUGAUCUCUAGUUUCUGGUCAAUUUUUUAGUUGAAAUAAUAAAUUUUUCCGAAUUUCACUGAAAUCAUUUGAAAUUGAGAAUAUUUUUUAUUUUUAGUUCGCCAAAAAGUUCAGCAACCUUUAUCAGAUUCUCAAGAUUUUCAGAAAACUACAAAAAAAAUUCUGAAAUUUUUGAACUCUAUAAUCUCCCCAGGUGAAAAUUCCCAAAAAAAUAAUCAGACGCGCGAAAAAAGUGUUGGAAAAAAAUAAAAUUAUUUUUCUAUAGGUUGUUGGUAGGUAGGAGAAAAAGCAGAGCACAAUGAGAUAUUGAUUAAAAAUUAUAUAUAAGAAAAAUGUGGGUAGAAUAGGAAGAAGAAAAGGAGAUGAAGAAGAAGUUAUCAGAACUCGGGGAGCACAAAAAGCCAGAGAAAAAAGAGCAGAAAUUAUUAUAUAGAAGAAGAAAAAGGAGAAAGUGAGAAUAUAUAUGUAUAUAUAAUAAUUGAAUUGGUUUUAGGUAUAAGCCAUACGUAAUAUGAAAUUUGAGUUAGGCUAAAUUAGGGGGUUUUGGAGUCUGCGGGGAAAGUGCAAAUGAAAUUUUGGGGCUGAAAAUCCACGUGGCAAAAUCUGCAAUUUUUCAGACACGAUCAAAGUUACGACUAUCAAAAUCAAACGGUGAAAAAUCCAUUCGGAUCUGCGGCUUAUAAGUGAGUUUUAUAUCUCCAAGACACUCUGCGUCUCUAACUUUUCUCUAGGCUCUAGUUGUCUGUUCAAUCUGUGUCUCUGACCUUUUCUCGUUAUCACCACGUUCUGCAUCUCUAUCUAUUUCCUACUGUAAUUUUCACAGCACCCCAACCAAUCUCAUAUUUUUCCAGAUCCUCUCCAUAUUCAUCUCACACAGCUCGUCGCAGCAAAACACCAACACGUCAUUUUGGACCCGGAGAAAACACUAGUUAUCCAAACUCAUCUGGCGGCGCUGAUUUCGUCGAAAAUAUCGCUCGAAAAUGGCCGCCAGCUUCGAAUAAUGUGAAUGGAAGAGAUGAUUGGGUGCAAAAUUCGAUGAGAAAUGGUGGAUUUAUGGGUGGAAAUCCGGGUGGAAAUGGAAUGGUGGAUGAUAAUGGAUUGGUUACAACAAUGUGUAGAAGUAGGGAUUUUUUGAGGGGAUUUUUGAAAAAAUUAAUUUUUUUUGAUAAGAAAUUUGAUCAGAUUUUUGAGAUUUAUAUAAAAAUUGACGAAACCAAGUUUUUGUGCUUCUGAUUUUCAGAAUCAUAAUUAUUUUUUCAAAAUUUUUUAGAUAACUUUUUUCAAAAUUCUGAAAAUCUCAGGGAAAUUCUAGAAAUUGAAAUGUUUUCAGACUUUCUGAAAAUAACAGUUUCAUAGCUACUUUUUAAUCAAAAUUUCAAGCAAUGUUUUCUUCAUAAUUUUGCAAGCCUUGAAUUUCGAACCGAAAAUUGAACUUGGAAAAUAUACGUUUCAAAAAUUUUAUAAAAAUUUUGAGACGUUUUUCGAUUCGAUGAACACCCUCACGUCUUUUCUAAAAAUUUUCAAUCAUCAAAAAGCUUCCGAAAAAAAAUGCGAAUUUCAUUCCGAUUUCUUCUAGGAGUUGUUGAGCGAAAACGAGCGGAUAACUGGAAGUGGAAAGAUGAAAAUGGUCGACUUUUGGACGAGAAAAAUCAAAAUACAUGGAAAGGCGAAUUGGACACAUUAUUGAGAGAUGGACCAAAUGAGGGAAGACAUUGGAGUCGAACUGUUGAAAAAAUGCCGACUGGUAGGGGAAAAUUGGGAUUUUUGGGUUGAAAUUCAUGGAAAUUGAGAAAAAUCAGAGGUUUCGUUAAAACUUUGAUCUUCUAUUAUCAAAGUAAAAAAAAUUGGCAAAAAAAGAGAAGCCAGAAAUUCAAAUCCCAAUUUCCCCAAGUACGGUAUUCCUCUGCGUCACUAACACGGUUUCGAGACCACACCAUUGGGCAGAGAAACAAAGUCAAAGACGCACAUAUGGGUCUCGCAGCGACUGAAAAAAACACCGUACUUGAGAAGAGUGUCAUUUGAAUUUCUGGGCUCCGUUUUUUUGCCAAAUUUUUUUAUUUUGAUAAUAGUGAAAUUUGAUGCUGGAAUUGAUCAAAAAAUAAUCUGAAAACUGUGCAUUUUACACGGAAAAAAAAUUCCAGGUGACACCAGAUUCCAAGAUGUCAAUCGACAAUACAACAAGGAAUAUGUUGUUGAGGUCAGUUUUUUUUCAUUUUUUCAAAUUUUCCCCCCAAAAAUCUUGUUGUUUUCAGAGCGUUGUUCGUAAUUAUUGA